CGCGUCGCCCCGCCGUCCGCGAACCAGCCAAUCGCACGGAGGCCGCUUAGGAAAUUCGAAUAGCAACUCCUCGCUCCACGUUCCGCGCAGAGGAACGAGGCUCCAAAUUCAAAUCAACGCAGCCUCACGCCGGCGGCAAGCGCGAGGGCGGAGCCUGCCCGGCGUGAGCUGGGACGCGCGGUGUGAUUGCCCCGCAGAGAGGAAGGCGCUCCAGUUCCGGGUCAGGUCCUUUUUCCCGCCUCCCUCGGCCUCAGUCAUGGCGAGUAGCAGCGGCGCUGGGUCGGCGGCGGCUGCCGCGGCGGCGAAUCUAAAUGCGGUGCGGGAGACCAUGGACGUUCUGCUUGAGAUUUCAAGAAUUUUGAAUACUGGCUUAGAUAUGGAAACUCUGUCUAUUUGUGUACGGCUUUGUGAACAAGGAAUUAACCCAGAAGCUUUAUCAUCGGUUAUUAAGGAGCUUCGCAAGGCUACUGAAGCACUAAAGGCUGCUGAAAAUAUGACAAGCUGACUUUCUGGAGAAAUUCUGAUGAGAUAUGUCAAGCUCUGCAAGAAGAUUUGAAGAUUGCAUUGUAGUCAAGAAUGUACAAUGAAAUUACUGCAUGCAGCAGUGUAGAAAAAUUUUCCUUUUUAAAAGAAUUAUAAAACCAUAGCUUUAUAAAUCAGUGGAAAGUGGCUUACAGAGAUAACUAUCAGAUGUGUUUACAUCACAUCUUAUUCACUUUUUUUUUAAAGGCUCUAAUGCUUUGGCAUUGCUGUGUCCAUAUUUAUAUAUUCCUUAUUUAUAGCUCUGAUAGCUUUAAUUUUCUAAGCAGUCUGUCUAUCACAUGUGCGUAUCUGCUGUGCCUGGCUGAAGCACAGUGGAACCCAUCAGUAGUAAUGUGUAGUAGUUAUGACUUGUUGACAUUUCCAUUAUAAACUUUAAUUUUGAAUUGUUUAUGCAUUAUAACUGUGGAUUUAUAUUGUAUUGGGCUGAAAGUUGACAGGAUUUCAGCCACCAUUUGUGAAUUUUGAUUUAGAUUCAUUAUGUAUAUCAGAAUCUUGUUUUUUAAAUAAGAGCAUAGAAAACAUUUCUUGUAAUCUGCUCUUUAACAAAGAAUAUUUUGUUUUUUAAACAGUUUGUUGGGCAGCUAAUAGUGUGAACCAGGUCAUUUUUGUAUAUAAUUAAAAUUUUAGAAACUUGGAUUUUAAAAGUAAUGACAAUGCUUAGGUUAGUAUUGUUUGUAAUUCGAAUUAUUUACAUCUAAUGAGGCUGUUAGUUGAGAAUGUGUUCUUAAAGUUUUAUACCCUAUAAAUGGAGGCCUAAAAAAAAUAAUGUGUAAAAUGAAACAUAGCAAACAUGCAAAAUUCAUAUUUACUUUUAUUACAUAAAAGUAAUUUUUGAGUAUUACCUAAUAAAUCUUGAAUGCUUAUUUAAUAAAUUAUUAGGUGGGUGAUGUGUUUCAAAAGAUAUUUGCUGUUUUUUGAAGAAAUAAGGACAGUCAUUAAACGUAACUAAACAAUCAGAUAUUCUAUAUUAGGAAUCAUAAGUAUGGCUUUUUUUUUUUUAACCUUCUUAAUGGAUUAUAAGUAUGGCUUUUUGGAAUUAUUUUGUGUGUCUUUAUUUUUGCCCUUAAAAUUUUAACUUGUCAAAAUGAAGAUUCAAAGAUAAAUUUUAGAAAAUGUAGAAUAGUAUUGAUUCUGUUCCUGUAACAGAAUCUCAGUGGAGUUUUUUUGCAAAACUAAUAUGGAUUUAAUCUGAUUUUAUUACUUAUUAAAUUUUAGAUUUUGUUAGGUACCAUUUAAAUGAUUAUAUAAGCAUUCCCUCUUUAGUAGCAUUUUUUUGUUUUCCAGACAAACUGAAGUGCUUUUAAUAAGAUUUGGUAAUAUUUAAAUAGCAACCUUCUCAGCUAUUUUUUUUCUUUUUAAUGUAGAAUUUUGUCCAUUUUGACUUUUUAAAUGUAUGGCAUCUUUACCAAGUGAACUGGAAGGUCUGUUACUGGUAGAACAGGUUGAGGAGGCAGUAGGAAUAUGUGAAAAGUCAUUUGAUGGAUAGUAAAACACUACAAAUACUACUGUUUUUUAUAAAAUCGUAACACUUUUGUCAAACUCCAAAAUUUGUAUAUACUUUCAGGCCAUAAAAGUUGAUAGUAUUAUUAUUUAUGACUUUGUAGACUGAGUUAUUUAUGUAUGAAACAAAGCAGGAAAAUAUGUUGAGAAGGGAUUGUGUUUACAGAGGACUUCUUUAAUGUGUCACAUAUUUAAAAUGUAAACAUAUUUUUAAUGCAUACUUAAGUAAUAUUUAAGAAACUAAACAAAAUGAUACAAUUGCAGUGUUGUGCUUGUUGUCAAUGACAAAAAUAAAACCAUUUUGGUGGUAUUGGCCUGUA